GGGUUAAUCUAAAGGAGAUUACAAAUGAAAAAAUCAGUAACAAUAUGUGCUUGUACCUGGAUUGGCAUCCUUCAGCCACAUCCAUCACAGUAGGGCUUUCUGAUGGCUCUGUGUCUAUUGUUUCUCUUCUUGAAUCAAAGCUGGAAAUUCAAGUAGAGUGGAAGGCACACGAUUUUGAACUUUGGACUACCUCCUUUGACAUCCACCAACCAAAUUUGGUAUAUACUGGCUCUGAUGAUUGUAAGUUUAGUUGUUGGGAUUUGCGAGAUAGACCUCCCAAUGUGGUAUUUCAGAGCUCUAAAGUCCACAAAAUGGGUGUUUGUUGCAUUGAGAAGAGUCCACAUGACCCAAAUAUCUUGUUAACCGGAAGCUAUGAUGAACUCCUAAGGGUAUGGGAUUUAAGGUCAAUCUCGAAACCUGUUAAUAAGACUUCAAUUAAUUUAGGUGGAGGAGUUUGGAGAGUUAAGCACCAUCCCUUCAUUCCAGGCCUGGUCUUGGCUGCUUGUAUGCACAAUGGUUUUGCUGUUGUCGCCAUUAAAGGCGACAAAGCCGAAGUAUUGGAAACUUACAAGAAGCAUGAUUCUCUUGCCUAUGGAGCAGACUGGCAGAAAGGAGAUGCAAAUCACAUUGAUGGGAAAACCAAACCACUUGUGGCCACUUGCUCAUUCUAUGAUAAACUUGUCCGGGUGUGGAGGCCAGGUAAUGAUAUUGUCUUGUAAAUUGAUAGCCUAGUUGGAAAUGUAAUGCAUAGCUCUUAUUUUUUUAGGGAUCAUGGUUGCAUUAUAUGAUCCUUUCACUUGCAAUUAAUCGUUUAUAGUCACUCAUUCACAGCUUGAAGGAUGAGCUAACUUGUCACUCUUUCAUUACGGUAGUUGAUUGAUCUUGAUUUAAUGGUUACAGACAGAAAAAGAAAAGUAGAACAACCUAUUUAACUACAAGUUUAUAUUUACACAUUA